AUGGCGGAAAUGUAUAACGUCCCUCCUGAACAGGCCUCCUUCUGGGUGUGCAACCAAAACAAGGGCGACGGAAAAACAUGUGGAAACACAAAUUCUAUAAAUGACAAGAAAUGUGAGGACUGCAAGAUGAAACGGGACAAGGGCGACACAGCCUUCAACGAGCAAAUGAGGGCUAUCGGCAAGUUGAAGAAGGUGGAAGGGGCAGUCGAGUAUUGGGAGAACAAUGCCACUCAUAUUCAUGUUGCUGGUGCGCCUUAA